AGACGAAGAAGGUAAUCAAGUUCCAUAUGCGUAUCCUAGCUUAGGACUUCCCACCAUCGUCGGCCGGCGAUACACUGUAAACUGAUAGGUCGGCGGCGAUUCGACCGAUUACUUCUCUGCUGUCUCCAGUGGUUAACUCGUCGCAUACUCUCAGGCACUUUCAUUGCAUUCCAAGGGCUCUCCCACAUGCUGUCCAUUUCCCCCCCACCAUUCCCGUCUCCUUCCGCGCGCCUUGCUCCGAACCACCAAAAACUCGUCUUCUCCAAUGGGAAAUUUGUUCCUGUGUUGACCAGGUCAUCCUCGUUUUGCAGCUCGCACUCUAAUGUCUGCUGCCGCUGCUUAAGCGGUGGCGGCGCGGAUCCAUCGCUGCCGGCUUUAGAAGACCGUCCUGGCUGGAAGUGGGAUAGGGCGAUUCUGGAGGCUGUUAAGAAUAUGAUGAAGCGGUUUAAUGAUUUCCUUAAUCCAGAUGGAAAUCAGGAGAGCCUGGGCAUUGUGGAGAGGAAGCGUUCCGAGAGGGAAGAGGAAUGGGAUUGGGACCGAUGGGAAAAGCACUUUUCAGAGGUCGAGGAGCAAGAACGCCUCGUUUGGACUUUAAAGUCACAAUUAGCAGGAUAUAUCAAUAGAGAGGAUUAUGAAGGGGCAGCAAGGCUGAAGGUGGCUAUAGCAGCAGCUACUAGGAAUGAUAUUGUGGGCGCAGUGAAGUCUCAACUAGAUAACACAGUGAAGGAAGAACGGUACUCAGAUGCUGCCUGGUUACGUGAUUACGCUGGUGCUGGAUUGGUGGGAUGGUGGGCUGGAGUUUCUGAUAGUGAUCCUUUUGGGCACAUUAUCCAUAUUAGUGCUGAGUAUGGAAGAUAUGUUGCUAGAAGUUAUACUCCGAGGCAGCUUGCCUCUGCAAGGGAAGGCUCCCCCAUCUUUGAGAUAUUUCUCACAAUGCAAAAGAAAGACAAGUACAGGCUGCAGGCCGUCUACUUAAAGCGGGUAACAGCUGCUCAGGACUUAACAAUUUCUUCCUCCAAAGCAUCUGAUGCUGCAACUAACUUGGACACACCGAGUCCAACUGAAAACAAAGAUGAUCUAUUUGGAAAUGACAGUGAAGUUUCAGAAGAUGAUGAAGACGGUGAUGAUGAAUCUGUUUUUCGUAAUGAAUUACAAAACAUGAUUCCUGGUGUGAAGGUCAAGGUUUUGAAAGUAACAGCCCCAGCUAAGGCAGAUAGAGAUUUAAUAUCAAAGGUGAUUGAACAAUUAAUUGAAGAUGAAGAUGAAGAUGAAGACGAAGACGAAGGGGUAGAAGUUGGGGAAAUCAAUCCUGAGAUAGAAAGCGUGGGUGCUGAAGAAGAAGUUGAAGAUAAAAACAACAAAGAGCAGGAUGGAAUUGAAAUGGAUGUAGAUCGCGAGAUUACAGAUGGUGAUCGGGAACAUCACAUUUCUUUUAAGGUUGUUGUCAGUGGCCCUGUACUGAAGAGAUCUAGCAAUGUUCACAAUGAAGAUUUUAUGCGUGUACCGGCUAGGCUGGAAAGAAAUAGUCGUUUAUCAUUCACUUUGACUGUAGAUGAAGACAAUAAACAAACUUCUGGUAGCAAUGAAUCUUCACCAAAUAAAAGUCCUAAAUUCCAGGGUCAACGAAGCGUAGACCAUAUAAUGCUUGAUCUUGCGAAAUCUAUUGGCAGGGGAAAAAUCCCUAUGAAGGUGCUUAAAGAUGUUAGUGAGUUGUUCACUCUUUCUCUAAAUCAGGCUCAAUAUCCUCAGCCAUUGCCAAAAUCAACUACUUUUAACCGCAUUAAGGUUCCAGCAUCUCAGGAUCCAUUAAAUGGGCUAUAUGUUAGUACGCCUGGUAUUCGGUCUUCAGAAGUCAUCCACCUAAGGCAUAGAUUUGGCCAGUGGAAAGAAGAUGGCAUUACGAUGGACUCGUCUAAUGUUCAAUUUUAUGAAUAUGUUGAAGCUGUAAAAUUAACCGGAGAUCUUUAUGUGCCUGCUGGCCAGAUUGCCUUCCGUGCAAAAGUUGGAAAGCAAUAUCAACUACCACAUAAAGGGAUUUUUCCAGAAGAGUUUGGUGUGAUUGCUCGGUAUAAGGGGCAAGGAAGGCUGGCUGAACCAGGAUUUCAAAAUCCUCGAUGGGCUGAUGGAGAGCUAGUUAUUCUGGACGGAAAGUACAUCAAAGGAGGACCUGUCAUCGGGUUUGUUUACUGGGCCACUGAGUAUCAUUUCUUGAUUUUCUUUCAUCGCCUGAAGCUGCACGAGUAGAUUUGCUACUUGCAGGUUGAUGCUGUUUAUCCUUUCUUCAAAUUUUGUAGUCAAUGAUGCAGAUUCAUUUCAAAGAGCCGUUGGGCUUGAGGUGUUCAGUCAUUCAGAAAGCCUAAUUUCUGCCAAGGAACAGUGCUUGUAUGACGGCAGGUUUUGACAUUGUCAUAAUAUUUGAAUGAUCACAAUGGUUGCAUUGUAACUCUAAUGAAUUCUGAAACUCUCGGCCCUAAGUUGUAAAUAUGCUAUUGUUGAAGUAUUUAUUUCGCCAUUAAUAAGAAUGUUAUCUCCCAAUAGACUGCUCGACUCCAAUACAACUGCUACAUUAUGUUGUAAUUCAUGUAAACGAUUGCUAUCAAUUACGCGAAAGCAGUGAAACCGAUGAAUCUAUGUAAUAUAAAUAUAUAAUAAAGC